AUGUUGGAUGAGCUAGACAAUGUCUUCGACGACCAUCCGUCGUUGGAGGCCUCGCUCGAAGACUUUGAGAACAACAGCAAUGCGCAUCGCUCCCCUCUCUUUGGGCUGCCAUCUCAGCACUCGGGGUUUCGAUCUGAAGAGUCGGACGGUGAGAUAGACGACCCUACUGUAGCCGAAUGUUGGUCGCCGCCUGGUUUGCGCCAGCAUGAUUACGUCCAAGGUAGCGGUUGGUACCGGCAUCAACCCUAUUUGCGCCGAGAUACCAACCUCCAUACAGAACGCCUAGAGCUGAAACCAACGGUGGGACUGACUGUAUCGCCAUCGCAAUCGCGCGAGCCAAGCCCACAGUAUGAGGAUGCGCUCGAGGGUCCAGGCCCACACGGACCCACCAAACAUAGAUCAAAUACUGAUUCCGACAUCACCACCGCGGCAAAUAUCCCCUUGCCCAUCGGUGCAAUCACCCCACAGACCGGACGAUCCCCCAGUCCAGGUCCGCAGAGGCCGGGCGUGGCGCGUCACAGCCCCGAGGAUGACAAUGACGGGUUGGGCUUUGGAGCGGAGAAUCUGAGUAACUACAUCCGUUUUGCGGUGCGCGCUGAAGUUCAGCACCGCGAACCCAUCGCUGCUAUAUAUGGCUACUUGCGCAGCAAGUUUGACCGCAUGACGAGCUCCAAGUCGAAUACAACCCUCUCCGUCGUGGUUUUCUUAGUAUCACUUGCGUUUAUGCGCGCCUUGUUCAUGCCUGGUCUGCCGCAAUCUAUUCCAGACCUGGUGAAAUUAUCCAGCUUUGCGCGCUCUUUUGAACCGCUAAUCUACUACUCGGAGAAUGGUGUCCAGCAGAUCGGGACCCUCCAGGAAACCGGAGUCGCCGUGUGGGAUCUGAGCGAGUCAGUACGCGGUACAAACAUGACCAGUGCGCCAAUCAUCGUACGCCAGCUAGACGAGCUUUCCGACUCUUUAAAGUCGCUAUCCUUGGAGUUGACACGCUUCUUUGCCAACGUGGACUCCGACAUAGACUCUAUCUUGAUUGUCAUGGAUUGGGCCAAGCGUGAAUUGGAAACACUUUCAGCCCAGCCUCCAAGCACAUUACCCACCAUCGUUUUCGACAACGUACACAAUAUGCUCUCUCGUAUCGGGGCUCUCGAGCGUACAGGAGAUGUCUCCGACGGCGGGGUAGCAUCCGCAACCACCACGACCCUGGGACACGUCGUCAUCGCUGUCUUCGGCCCAACCUCCGCUCAGCGCACACGCUCCACUCUCACACGCACCUUUACAGAGUUCCUCGCGGUGCUAGAAGAGUCUAUCAACAGCGAACUAUCCCACUCAACCGCCCUCUUUGCGCUCUUUGAAUCCAUUGAUCGCCAAUUCCUAAAUCUGCAACGCACAGUCGUGCGUGAAUCCGACGCCCAAGAACGUGCAGAAGGUGAAAUGCUCAGCUCUCUCUGGACCCGCGUACUCGGCCCAGACGCAGCAGCGGUCCGCAAGUAUGAGAAGAACAAACGACUUCUCGCGAACGUCCGCAGCCGUACCGUGGCCAACAAACACCUCCUAGUCGACCACCGCGGCCGUCUACUAACGCUAAAAGUCAACCUGGAGACUCUACGACGCAAACUAGUCAGCCCGCUCGUGCGUAGAAACGACUCUGUCAGCUUCAUGGGCGUGGACGGUAGUGUAGUCGGGUCCGGCAGUUCCGCUACAGGCCGUAUGCUCGGUCCCGUCGAAGCUGUGAUCGACGGGCAAAUCCGCGGACUAGAGGGCACAUACGACUACCUGCGCUCAGUACGCGAGCGACAAAAAGCCAAACUGAUGGAACUGGUAUACGGUGCCGGGCGAAAGCCAUCAUCAUCAAUGCUAGGAGGGAUAGAGGGGGAAGAUGAGUUGUUGGAGGGGAUAUAA